AUGGAAACCCUCCCCCGACGUAACCUCUCCCCGCGACGGAAUCAUCACCCUUCCGGCCUCCGUUACGAUUCCUCAACGACCAUCGACGGCCCAUCCCAUCCGUCGGCCAUCCUCCGCUUCACGCCACAGACGACGAAAAAGAAUCUGAGUCAGAGCAGUGAGUUCCUCGAGAAGUUGUGGAGCGGCGUCGGAUGCACGCUAGGAAAGACAAAUCGCACGGAGCAGGGAGUAGAGCACGUUCCGGACUACAAGCGAGAGCGAUUAGGGAGCUUGCAAAAUGGAGCAAUGACAAUGAAGAUAUUUAUGGUCCAGCAACUUUUAAUGUCGAGUUUCAACGAAAGUUAA